GAUUUAUCAUCCCAAGAUCGUGAGCUGGGGGUGGUUUGCCUGGCCCCAUCCGUAAACUUUCCAUUUCCUUUCUGAGUCCACCACUACUAUAUAUAUAUAUAUAUAUCGAUGUAUCAUACCAAAGUAUGUCGCUUCGCAUCUAAGUUCAGUUCUCUCUGCUUUCUCUAUCGUUGUGUCGUCUCAUAAAGGAGGAGGGAUAUACAUAGAUACAUAUAUAUACAUACAUAUACAUAUGGCAGGCCGUGCAGAGAGCGGUGCUAAUAAAGGCGGUGGCGACCGCCCCGUUCGUAAUGGACCCGCGACCGAAGAUGAAGAAGAGCAGCGGCACUGCUCCUACGCCAUGCAACUGGUGAACUCCUUGGCUCUGCCAACGGUGUUACAGGUCGCCGUAGAGCUGGGCGUGCUAGAGAUCAUUGCCAAGGCAGAAUGUGCCGGCGGCAGUCUGCUCACCUCCUCCGAGAUCGCGUCUCGGAUCCCCGGCUGCCGCAACCCCGACGCACCUCACAUGCUCGAUCGGAUGCUCCGCCUCCUGGUGAGCCACUCCGUCCUCACGUGCUCCGACGACCAAGACGACGGCCGCCACCGCUACGGCCUCGCUCCCGUCGCGAAGUACUUCAUUGGCGACCAAGACGGAGCGUCGUUAGGCCCCUUGGUCUCCCUCGUUCAGGAUGAGGUCUUCCUCGCCAGUUGGAGUGAACUAAAAGCAAGCAUUCUGGGGGGAGGCGUCCCAUUUGACAGGGUCCACGGGAUGCAUGCAUUUGACUACCCUGGCAAAGACCCCAGGUUCAACGAGGUUUUCAACAAGGCAAUGGUCGGCCACACAGGAAUAGCCAUGAAGAAAAUCCUCGAGUACUACAAGGGGGGUUUCGAGCAGCUGAAACAACUGGUCGAUGUUGGUGGUGGUCUUGGAAUCGCACUCGGUUUGAUCACAUCCAAGUACCCCCAUAUAAAGGGUAUUAAUUUUGACCAGCCCCAUGUUGUCCGAGAUGCUCCAUCCUAUCCUGGUGUGGAACAUGUUGGCGGAAAUAUGUUUGAAAGUGUUCCAGAAGGAGAGGCAAUCUUAAUGAAGUGGAUCCUUCAUGACUGGAGCGAUGAUCACUGCUUGAAGCUGCUAAAGAAUUGCCACAAAGCGCUGCCGGAAAAUGGAAAGGUAAUCGUAGUGGAAGUAAUUCUGCCGACGGAACCUGACACUAGAUCAGAGACAAUCGCUAAUUACGAAAUAGAUCUGCUUAUGAUGACUCAAAACCCAGGAGGCAAGGAGCGCACCCGACCGGAGUUUCUUCGCUUGGCAACUGGAGCUGGAUUUUCUGGCAUUAGAUUUGAGGCUUUUGCCUUUAACUUCUGGGUCAUGGAAUUUUACAAGUAGAUCGAUCAUGUACUAGAUGCAGAUGGCCAGCACCAGCACAGCCUGUUUAAUUAAUUCUGUAGGACUUGCCUGGCCCUUCAUCUUGCAUUCCCGCUUUGAAUUUCGUUAACAAAAUAAACUAGUCAGAGGAUUGGAACAGUGUCAAAUUUUAAUUGAAGAUGAUC